AGUGUUUCCAGUACAGUCUAAAUUGUUCUCGUGAUCUGUCGAGACGUUUCAACCGAGAGUUCUAUUAAACCAGCUCAUUUUUGUGAAAUCACUGCUAGCCAUCUCAUUCCGGUAUACAAUGGAGUACAUCACUAUAGUUCUAAUGUUGGCCGUGUCUGCUGUUCUUGGAUAUAAGACUGGACCUCCCAUAACCGAGUACGGCGCUCUGUGUACUGAUAUGAUACCAACUGGCCACGGAGUGAGUCAAGCCACUGAUACCGCCAACCCACCGUAUACCAUCACUACCAGCUCUGAUAAAUACACGGCAGGAGGCUCUCUGACUGUUGAAAUCACUGCAAAAGAGGGAUUUUUCAUCCAAGCUCGCCGCGCUGAUCCCACCAAAGAUAUGGAGAAAGCGGUCGGAAAAUUCGCCUACCCACCACCCAACACACAGUUACUUAUGUGUCACGCCGUCAAUUCGUCAUGGGCACAUUCUGACGAUAAACACUGGCAGAGGGUAAUCGCUGUAUGGAAAGCACCUGCACAAGACGAAGGAUCAAUCCAGUUCAGAGCCACUAUCGUUGGUGAACCGAAAGAGAAUUUCUACGUGGGUGUGAUGUCUUCUCCUGUCACAUUCAUGGCUGGGGAUGCCGUGACCGUUACUCCUCCUCCACCUCCUCCACGUCCAGAUCACACAGGCGAACCAGAUCAUACGGACGGCGAAGGUACUGGUUGCACUCAUGGAAUCUCCUUGGUCCUUUCAGCAGCUGCUUUCUUCAUGGCGGUUACCCUAGCUAGGUCUCAGUAGAUACUUGAGAAAAGCUUUCAAUAGACCUUUCCAAAUAAAUUUGUAAAUUUCACAUGCACUUGCGCACUAACAGUUUGGUUGGCAAAAUGAGGGAACAUUGCGCUGUUUCGUAAACGCAGAUGCGAAUGUGUGUCUGCCAUGUGUCUGCUUCUUGCACAUCUCUAUGGCGUUUGCCAACCAAUAGGGUCUGUACGCUUGCGUGAAUGUAAUUUGCAUUUUUCACGGGAAGGGGAUACUGUCAGAGAGACAAUUAUUACAUUGCUUCUUAGAGAUUUCUGAAAUCAAUUAAUAGCAGGUGUUAGUUUUUAACUGUUUUUAUCUUUAUUGAUGUUACUUUUAAGUAUUUAAAAAGUGGUUUUUUGUUAGUUUCAGUUGUUUGUGUUCAUUAUGAUUAUAGAAGUGUAUUUUGGGUUUUCUUUUUUCAAACUUGCUUUGUGUCAUAUCGGGGCUGAGCUUUCUAGCGCAUCGAGCUCAUUUAAGUUCCUGUGAUUGUGUUAUCGGAAAGUGUGUUCGAAUACCUGCUGGUACACUAACUUAAAGUCACCUGGAAGUGGUAUUUUUUCAAAAUAAAGCUUUUGUCACUAAUACAUGUGUUUUGAUG